AUGAGGGAGACAGGGGACGCGGCAAAGAAGCUCCACCGUCGCCAGGGCGCACUCCGCGUCGCACUUGUCGAAAUCGGGCAGCCUGUCCAUCAGCGUCACCGCCGCGCCCGCGCUCACCGCGUCCCGACGACGACCAUCUCGACCAUCGCCGCGGAAUUCACCCGCGCCUCGAUCGACGACCAUCUCGACCAGCAAUGGGAUCUGGUUUCAGGACAGAUUCUAUGCUCUGAGUGUGGAAGGCACACUCGCUGUUGUAGAAGAGAAGAUGUGAACUCCGAUCUGCGGAUUACGAAAUUGGGGAAGCAGAGAGCGGUUCCUGAUUCAGAUCUGGCUGCUACGCGGCGUCGUUUCAAGGAGUGCUUGGUGGAAUCGGAAGGGAAAGUGGUGCUGGUUUUUCUGUGUUCGACAAGAUCUAUGGAGACGGUGGAUCAUGUGGAGGUUUACAGGCUAGAAUUGAAGGAGCUGGCGUGGGUUAGGGCGAGGAGCCUGGGAGGAGCAGCGUUGUUUCUGGGCUCCAAUUCUUGUAUGUCUGAGAGAGAGCAGACCAAGGAGGCCUCGGCGGAAGGGUUGAGCGGCGAAGGUCGACUUAGGGUUAGGGAGGAGGAGGAUUGA